CAGAGUUGAUAGCAGUCUGCCUGGAAUAGUCUUUUGUUCUCCAUGCCCCUGAAUCAGUGUUUGGCAAACUUUGGGGUGGUUUUUUUGCGGGGGGGAUGGGCAAGUACUUGCAGUGGCAGGGCAAAAACUGAGGCCAAGAGCAGCGCAUAUGAGGAAAGUUCCAUGGUUUUGGGGCCACCCCUGUUGCACACAUUCCCACAGCUGCUAGUAAAACAGGCACCGAUUGAAAGUCUGUCUUGCACCACUUGCAGCUCCUUGUUCAGCUCACAGGUGUAGGGAGGAAACAUGGGCCAUCCCAAGCAUUUCCUUUCUGCUCCCUUGAUGUUCAGCUUAGUUCCAGAUCACGAGCCCUGGCACUACGGAGCCACCCAUGGAUGCUGUUGUUCCCACCUCAAGCAGCAUGCAGUCUCCUGGGUAUGCCUGCCGGAGUGUUGCCACCUCUUCUUCUCUUCAGGCUAGAACUCACGUUAACUACGAUGUCAAAGGGGACGUCGCGGUUGUACGCUUCAACUCGCCAAAUUCCAAGGUCAACACCCUGUCCAAACAGCUGCAGUCCGAGUUCACAGAGAUAAUGAACGAAAUCUGGGCCAACGAGGCUGUCAAAAGUGCUGUCCUCAUCUCUGCCAAGCCAGGCUGCUUCAUUGCUGGGGCUGAUAUCAACAUGAUCGCGUCCUGCAAGACGCCCCAGGAGGUGACUCAGCUUUCUCAGGACGGGCAGAAGAUGUUCGAGAGACUUGAGAAAUCCCCCAAGCCCAUAGUUGCUGCCAUCAACGGGUCCUGCCUGGGAGGAGGACUAGAGGUCGCCAUCUCCUGUCAGUACCGGGUAGCGACCAAGGACAGGAGGACCGUCCUGGGCACGCCCGAGGUGCUGCUGGGGCUGCUGCCGGGCGCAGGGGGCACUCAGAGACUGCCCAAGAUGGUGGGACUCCCGGCCGCCUUGGACAUGAUGCUGACCGGGAGGAACAUCCGUGCCGACAGAGCGAAGAGGAUGGGGCUGGUUGACCAGCUGGUUGAUCCACUAGCCCUGGGGCGGGGGCCGCCGGAAGAACGCACAAUUGAGUACCUGGAGGAGGUGGCGGUUGGCUUUGCCAGAGGACUAGCCAAUAAGACCGUGUCCCCCAAAAGGGAGAAGGGGCUGGUCCAGAAGCUGACAGACUACGCCCUGUCUGUCCCCUUCGUGAGGCAGCAGGUCUACAAAACAGUGGAGAACAGGGUGCAGAAGCAGACCAAAGGACUCUACCCUGCGCCCCUGAAAAUCAUCGAGGUGGUGAAGACAGGCCUGGAGCAGGGGCUGGAAGCCGGCUACCUCGCCGAAUCCCAGAGGUUCGGGGAACUCGCACUGACGGCCGAGUCCAAGGCCUUGACGGGGCUCUACCACGGCCAGGUGCUGUGCAAGAAGAACAAGUUUGGGGCGCCAAAGCAAGAGGUCAGGACCCUGGCUGUACUGGGCGCCGGCCUGAUGGGAGCGGGGAUCGCCCAGGUGUCUGUGGACAAGGGGCUGGCCACCAUCCUGAAGGACACAACGCUGCAAGGCUUGGGCAGAGGGCAGCAACAGGUCUUCAAAGGGCUGAGUGACAAGGUGAAGAAGAAGACCCUGACGACGUUUGAGAGGGACACGGUUCUCAGCGGCCUGACGGGGCAGCUGGAUUACAAGGGCUUCGAGAAGGCCGACAUGGUGAUCGAAGCCGUGUUCGAGGACCUCAGCGUCAAACACCAAGUGCUGAAGGAGGUGGAGGCGGUGGUCUCCCCUCACUGCAUCUUUGCCAGCAACACGUCUGCUCUCCCCAUCAGUCAGAUCGCUGCUGCCAGCAAAAGGCCGGAAAAGGUGGGUACCGGAGCCCCUGCUGCUGGCGGGCAGAUGACGCCCCUGCCUUGCAGCUGCACGGAGGAGGAUAUCCAGCUGCGCCUGGUGACCCGCUUUGUGAACGAGGCGGUGAUGUGCCUGCAGGAGGGGAUCCUGAGCAGCCCGGUGGAGGGAGACAUGGGGGCUGUGUUCGGCCUGGGCUUCCCGCCCUGCCUGGGAGCCUUCCCGGCAGGCCGCAAGGCGGGGAAGGGUUUCUACGUCUACCAGCAAGGCGUGAAGAACAGGAGCGUGAACACCAGCAUGGACGAGAUCUUGGCGCAGUUCAAGGUGCCCUCCAGGCCGGAGGUCUGCACGGAGGAGGAUAUCCAGCUGCGCCUGGUGACCCGCUUUGUGAACGAGGCGGUGAUGUGCCUGCAGGAGGGGAUCCUGAGCAGCCCGGUGGAGGGAGACAUGGGGGCUGUGUUCGGCCUGGGCUUCCCGCCCUGCCUGGGAGGUGAGUGGCGCCACCGGACACGGGCUGGGACCACCUGGGCUUCGCUGCACCAGGAGAGCUGCGGCCUCGUGCCGGCCCAUGGCUCCAUCCGCACUGCCAGUGGGGUGCUCCAAGCCCCGCCCACCCCGAGGGCAGCUGGGCUGGCGGGGGCUGGAUUG